AAUAAUCAAUAUGUUGAAAUACAUUGAUAUGUUGAAGACCAAGACAUAAAAAAAUACUCUCUAUACACAUGUCAGAUGUGUGUUCAGCUUACUUGUAUUUUGCUAAAUUAGUACAUUUAAAACGGCCCACUCACUAAUAUUUGCCAAGCGGUCACUCCAGACUGAAAUUGAUGAGCUUGUUUUACUGUAACUAAUAGUGCGCACGCAAAUUAAUCAACCACAUCGAUAUUGUAUUGAAAUCAAUGGAACUUGGAAAAUACCUGUGGCAACAUGUCCCGUUUAAAGUCUUCUAAGAGACAAACCUCAAACUUCGGUAUUCUACAUAUACGAGUCGAUAAGUAUCCAACCUCUUUGUUAUGUAGCAACAACAAGAUGAUGCAGGCUGCAGAGGCUACAACAGACUCCUCACUGAGAGAGGGAAUAGAGGUGCUCGGAGUGGGGGACACUGAGAAAACCACUGGUAGGGAAGAGGAAUGUGACAAAGAUGGGACAGAUGUGGCAGCUGCAAAAGCAGAGGAGACAAAAUCAGAGGAUGCAAAAGAUGGAGACAAAAGUGGAGAUGCGAUGGAAGGAGAGGGGCAGAAGGGGGAGAUGGAAGCAGACAGCAAGAUGGAGGGAGGCGAUCGAAAGCAGGUGGAGCGAGAGUGGGAAAUCACCUAUAGCGAUGAUGAAAUCGAGGACCCCAAAAACUGGAUGCCCCCUCCCGACGAAAUCAAAAGACUGUAUGAGCUCCUUUCAAAAGGGGAGAAGCUGGAAUUGAACUUUGUGCCCCUUCCUCGAAGACCGCCUACACCUGAGAGGACCCCCUCGCCCGAGAGGGAUGAUGAGGACGAGGCGGCAAAAGAGAGGGAGAGGGAGGAUAGAGAGCGCAAGGCCCCAUCUCCCACAGAGUUUGAUUUUGAUGAAGAACAGAUACAACAAACUCCAAAAAAUGCUUUCAUCAACCGACGCAGGACACCAGGGUCCUCAGCUCGGUCCUCUGUCAAACGGGAGGCUAGGUUGGACAAGGUACUGUCAGACAUGAAACGCCACCGCAAAAUUGAGGAGCACAUUCUUCGGACUGGACGAGACCUCUUCAAGAGCGAGAAGAGCAGCCGGGCUGGGCCCGAGGAGGCACUCUCUCCCAACAGUCAAAAAGAGCGAGAAAAGGAGAGGGAGAGAGACAGCGACCCCAGCAAAAUCUUCUCGCCAAGACAAAGGCGUUACUGAGACGGGGAAAAACUGCAGGCCAAGAGCUUCGACGCUUGAUUUUUUUUUAAAUGCCAUUACCAAUUUUGUAUGAUUGUGCGUUUUGUAUCCUUGUAAUAAACAUUACUCUUUUUUUUGUUUUUAUAUA